AGAAAGUGCUUCAUUUGAACCCGGAAGUUCAGUAACUUCUCAGGAUAGAGUGAAGGAGUGAGUCUGUCAGGUCCCGGUUAGUCUCCGUCCAUGGAGGAUCGCCGGUUAUUGUGACCGAGGCUGUCUGUAUCCUGCAGUUAACAAAGGGGGAGGAGAUACCGUGUAAACGGAGUUACUGACCAUUUAUAACUGAGGCUGGAGGGAUCAUGUGAUCAGAGUGCUGGACAGAACCAUAGACUGAGCUGACCACCUCCCUCCAGGGAGCCUCCAGCUGCUAUCAUUGUAGAUGUUCACAUGGACACUUCAGCGAACUUCCACCAUUAGUGCUUCCGAAAGCAGUGAUACUGACCAUCCAUCUCUCAACAUGAAUGCUCAAGGAAACCGCUAUGAGUUUUACAUUGGGCUGGUUCUGGCUCUCUCAUCGAGCAUAUUUAUUGGAGGAAGUUUCAUCCUUAAGAAGAAGGGUCUGCUCAAACUUUGUGGCAAGGGGCAGCUUAGAGCAGGUCAAGGCGGGCAUGCAUAUCUUAGGGAAUGGCUGUGGUGGGCAGGUCUCUUGUCAAUGGGACUAGGGGAAGCGGCUAACUUUGCUGCUUACAUAUUUGCUCCAGCCACAUUGGUGACACCUCUUGGAGGACUUAGUGUUCUAGUGAGUGCUGUCCUCUCCUCUUAUUUCUUAAAUGAGAGGCUAACUUCACCAGGUAAAAUUGGCUGUGCUAUGAGUAUUUUGGGUUCCACUGUCAUGGUCCUUCAUGCUCCACAAGAGGAAGAGGUUUCCACGCUGAGUGAUAUGGAGGAUAAGCUUAAGCAGCCAGGCUUUGUGGCCUUUGCAUCCUGCAUGGUCCUGUUUUCCCUACUACUUGCAAUCUUAGCUGCACCACGGUGGGGUCACAGUAACGUGAUCGUUUUUGUUCUGAUCUGUUCAUUAGUGGGCUCACUCUCUGUGGCUUGUGUAAAGGGACUUGGAAUCGCAAUCAAGGGUCUCUUCUCAGGAGAUCCUGUAUACAAAGAACCACUUGGCUGGAUUCUGUUCCUGUGCUUAUGCAUAUGCAUCAGUGUACAGAUCCAUUAUCUGAACAGGGCUCUGGAUGUGUUCACUGCAUCACUGGUCACACCAAUCUAUUAUGUAUUAUUUACCUCCUGCGUUCUUGCAUGUUCUGCCAUCCUUUUCCAGGAGUGGAGUAACUUGAGUAUGGGCAGUGUAGUAGGCACCGUAAGCGGCUUUGUUACUAUUGUUUUGGGGGUCUUCUUGCUACAUGCAUACCGGGAUCUCCCACUGCCUCUUACACUACUUCCUGUGUUCAUGAAGGCAGAAGAAAAUGAGAGACCUCCUGGAGAGUGGGAGAACAUACCCAGCUGUUAAAUAAAGGACAUGUACUAGGCAGGGUGCAUUUUGGAACAGAUGUGCCCAUGAGCACAAAUCAAUCCUGACAUAUCACAAAAGAACAGAUUUUGCCUUAUUGUUCAUCAAAGUAUAAAUAGAUGAAGUGAAAAAUAUACUUUUGAUAUUCUUAAAAAAAAAAAGACUAAAUUGUGUAAUGUGGGCUGGCAACAUAUAAAAUAAAUUUU